CCAUCCCCAGUCAACCUUCUUUCUGUCUCCAUUCUCCUCUUUCUCUCUCUCAUUCUCUUCCCCCUCUCUCUCUUGCUUUCUCUGAAAGUUAUCUGGUGAGGAAUGGAGAAGACGUUUGGAUGAUUUUGACUCCUCCAUCAGCGUCCUCUGGGGAAGACAUCAGUGGUGGCGUAUAGCGUCUUCUCUUAUCACCGAGUCCAAUGGAUGCAUUGUUUGGCCUGCGUUUCAGACGGAAAGCCUGUGAGCCAAGCGGACACAGGUGCUCCAGCGUUUCACUUCCUGCAAGUAAAGCACGCCGCCGCUCCAGCGUGGGCCUGCCGUCAGCUGUCUUGGCUCAGAGACGCAGGUCUAGCGCUCAGCUCCAAAUCAGCAACGUGCCGACGGGAGUCAAACAACGCAGAAGAGGACACUUCAGCAGAAGGAGGUCGAGCGGUGCGACGGCCUGCCUGACCCCACGGUUCGCUAUCCGACGGAGACAGGCUGCCAAACACCAUAGCAUUCACGCUCAGCUCCUGGGCCCAUCACUGCUCUUGGCUAGCGUGGUGCAAAUGAGUGAAGAUCACGAAACUGAGCAUAAGAGUGCAGAAGAGUACUCCUCUCUCUCUGAUAGUGACUGUAGCCAGGAGGAGCUCAAUCAAGCAGGGAUGGACUUAGAGUCAGACUCUGAUAGGUGUAUGACAUGGUUAGCUCAGGGUUUGUUGUCGGGAGAAAGUAUUCAGCCUCGCCCCUUCAUCCGUGCCCCACGUUGCCUGCGGCGAAACUCCUCACACCUACUUCCUGCCGAGGCCGUUUACCGGAGCCCAGCCUCUUAUGGGCUAUACGGCCGUUACCGUAGGACCAGUCAGGCACAGGGUCUGUCCAAUGUAGGUGGAUUGUGGGCAGGGAGGCAAAAUUCUCUUGCAGCUCGAGGAUCAGGUGCACUGUACAGGACGAGCUCCCCUUGCUGGCCAGAUCUCGGUUUUUCACACACACUGCAGGAAACUUACUACAACCCACAGAUUGACACAUGGAGUGCGUUCCUCUCGAAGGCCAUUGCCAAGUCCGGUCUCCAGCACCUCUCAUGCCAGCCCAGUGCUGCAGUGUUGGCCAAGGGGGAAACGGACAGAGAAAUUCGCAGCACAGUGGACUGGAGUGAAUCAGCUCUGUACGGAGAGCACAUCUGGUUCGAGACUAAUGUCUCUGGGGACUUCUGUUACGUCGGAGAACAGCACUGUUACGCCAAAUCCCUACAAAAGUCUGUUGCUCGGAAAAAGUGUGCUGCUUGCAAGAUCGUAGUUCACUCCAUCUGCAUUGAACAGCUGGAAAAGUUAUUGGACUGGAAAGCUCCGCCCCAAGGGGAGGGGCUUGAUGAGGUGCCUCUCAAAGAGCCAUCAUUCAGAAUAAACUUCAGAUGUAAACCAUCUUUCAGGGAGUCUGGUUCACGGAACAUCCGGGAACAUACCUGGCGACGCAGAGCUUUCAGAGGUCGCCGUGCUUUGGAGCAAAUGAGAGGUGCUGCAGCUAAAUGUAGUGCGCACACCUCUAUCACACAGCCAGCAAUAGUGCGACACCACUGGGUCCAUCGGAGAAGACAAGAGGGCAAAUGCAAACAGUGUGGAAAGGGGUUUCAGCAGAAAUUUGCCUUUCACAGUAAAGAGAUUGUAGCCAUUAGCUGCUCCUGGUGCAAACAAGCAUAUCAUAAUAAGGUGACAUGCUUUAUGCUGCAGCAGAUAGAAGAACCAUGUUCAUUAGGAGCACAUGCUGCUGUUAUAGUACCUCCUACCUGGAUCAUACGGGUUCGCCGACCUCAGUCCUCACUAAAGUCAAGCAAAAAGAAGAAACGAACGUCUUUCAAACGCAAAUCCAGCAAGAAAGGAGCAGAGGAGGUUCGAUGGAAGCCUUUCAUUGUGAGACCAAUUCCCUCUCAACUCAUGAAGCCACUGCUGGUGUUUGUAAACCCAAAGAGUGGAGGAAACCAGGGAUCUAAAAUCAUCCAGUCCUUUCUGUGGUAUCUGAACCCUCGGCAGGUUUUUGAUCUCAGUCAGGGGGGUCCUCAGGAAGGCUUGGAGAUGUAUCGCAAAGUUCACAACUUGAGAAUUUUGGCCUGUGGUGGGGAUGGCACGGUGGGCUGGAUUUUGUCUGCUCUUGAUCAACUGCAGCUAAACCCUUCUCCUGCUGUGGCAGUACUUCCUUUGGGCACAGGAAAUGACCUCGCUAGGACUCUAAACUGGGGUGGGGGUUACACAGAUGAACCUCUGAGUAAAAUCCUAUCUCACGUUGAGGAUGGGAAUAUUGUACAGCUGGAUCGAUGGAAUCUUAUUGUGAAGCCCAACCCAGAGGCGGGGCAAGAGGAAAGAGACGAGCAGGUGACAGACAAGCUCCCUUUGGACGUCUUCAAUAAUUACUUCAGCCUUGGGUUUGAUGCUCAUGUGACUUUAGAGUUCCAUGAAUCCCGAGAGGCCAACCCUGAGAAAUUUAACAGCCGAUUCAGAAACAAAAUGUUCUAUGCAGGGACAGCAUUUUCUGAUUUCUUGAUGGGCAGCUCCAAAGACCUGGCUAAACACAUUAAAGUGGUGUGUGACGGCACAGAUUUGACCUCUAAAGUGCAGGAUUUGAAGCUGCAAUGCCUGGUCUUCCUCAAUAUCCCCAGGUACUGUGCGGGCACUAUGCCAUGGGGCAAUCCAAGCGAGCAUCAUGACUUUGAGCCUCAGCGUCAUGAUGAUGGCUGCAUUGAGGUCAUUGGAUUCACCAUGACAUCACUGGCCACGCUGCAGGUCGGAGGUCACGGUGAGAGGUUAAAUCAGUGUCGUGAAGUCACCCUCACCACCUUUAAGUCAAUCCCCAUGCAGGUGGAUGGCGAGCCUUGCAAACUAGCUCCAUCUGUUAUUCACAUCUCCCUGAGAAACCAGGCCAACAUGGUGCAGAAAACCAAGAGACGCACAUCAAUACCACUGCUCAAUGACAGUCAGCAGCCAUUUCCAGAACGAUUACGGAUCAGAGUGAGCCGUAUCAGCAUGCAUGAUUAUGAAGCUCUGCACUACGAUAAGGAGAAACUCAAAGAAGCUUCAAUUCCCCUGGGUCUCAUCGUUGUCCCGGGAGACAGUGAUUUGGAAACCUGCCGAGCUCACAUCGAGAGACUUCAGGAGGAAGGUGAUGGGACCAAAUCAAAGGCUUUGUCUUCUCAGAGGCUGUCGCCAAAAUGGUGCUUUCUCGACUCUACAACAGCUGAUCGAUUCUACAGGAUUGAUCGAGCUCAAGAGCAUCUUAACUACGUGACUGAAAUUUCUCAGGAUGAGCUGUUCGUUUUGGACCCAGAGCUGGUUGUCACAGAGACGGUCAGCACAUCGCCAGGCAUGCCAGACCUGGUGGACUCCUCUAGUGAUGCCCCAUCUGAUCCACGUAAAUUUGCCUUCCCAUCAUCCUCCUCUUCUCCACCAAACUCACCCGGACCCAGGGUUGCAGAGCUCCAAAGGAAGCGUGUUUCCAGUGACAGUUCUGUGGCAGAAGCUCUUGCACACAGUGACUCGCUCAGAUCAGCCAAACCAGCUCUCAGCAGGGUGGGGGGUGUUCAUCGCUCAAAUACAACAGCAGCAGAUUUCAAACCUACCAGCAGGUUUGACAAGAGCGACCUGAACGAUGCAAACUCGGUGUCAGCAGACAAUCUAAUUGAAUGUGUGAAGAAGAAGGACCAUCAGAAGUUGAAGGAGCUGCAUAAGAAGGGGGCUGACCUGUGUGUGCAGGACCCUGUGGGCCGCACCCUGCUGCAUUAUGCUGUGGAAGUGGGAAGCAAGGAGAUCGUCAGAUACGUCAUUGAUAAUGCACCCACCGAUAUCCUGGAUGUAACGGAGAGAGAAAAUGGAGAGACGGUAUUGCACAAAGCGGCCUCGUUGUGUCAGAGGACAAUCUGUCAUUACCUAGUGGAGGCGGGAGCAUCUCUCAUGAAGACAGACUUACAGGGCGACACUCCAAAGCAUCGUGCCGAGAAGGCCAAAGAUGCAGAACUUGCAGCGUAUCUUGAGAACCGCCAGCACUACCAAAUGAUCCAGCGUGAGGACCAGGAGACUGCAGUUUGACCUUUAACCUCUCACCCUUCACCUCAGCCGGUGUCCUCCUUUUUUGUGCCAAAACAAUAGUAACCAAAAAUGUAUCGCUAAACCCGUCGUAGGCUCUCUGGGCCGCAGGGGGGUGAUACAUUCCCAGAGAGGGACGAUGGUCGCACACUUUACUGUCUCUGAAGAGGUCCCAAGCUUUCAUCAUUUUUCUCUGAAUGACCUGUUGGACUUAAUGUCUUUCAUUUCAUUGCACUGCCAAAACAUUGUAGAGUUUGUAUGUAUGAGACAGAAUGCAUUUCCCUCUGUUAAUGCACUCAUCAAGCUUGCUUUUCUAGUUUGACAAUGCUGAAUGUUAAAUGAAUACGAUGAGGAUUUAAAGAUGCAUGGGCUGGUGUCUGUCUGUAAGUGUAUCUGGAGCAUUCACCGUAGCCCUGACCUCCACAGCUAGGUUCAGUAUUGUUCUGUCAUGACUGAGCAUUAACGACAGUAAAAGACAGUAGAGCCAUUAAAUGAUAUGUUGUUAAUGUAUAAUGUAACUUUUUAGAUUGCCCUGCACUGAAAGUGUUCAGGUUGGUUCAAAGAUAGGAAUGUUUUUUGGGGUCUUGAUUUGAAGUAUCAGAGCUAUUUAGAUAUUUUUCAGGUGUGUUAUUAGAAGGAUUUUGCAUUUUCAUAGAUUUCUGUGCUGUUUCUAAUAACAUUCGGUACUGUAAAUGUAUGCGAGUAGCUUUCUGUUUAAGAGGCAUUUGCACUGUAGCUUUGAUUGCCUUCUUUAUUCUAUAUUCUGGAUUUAUAAUUGAUGUACUAAAAUAUAGCUUCUUUCCUACAAUAUUUUUAAGUAAAUAGAUGUUUAUAUCAUUUGUAGCUCUAAAAGACGUGUUGUCAUGUUUGUAUUAUAAAACUCUGUAAAUUAGAUUUUGGUUUAUUGGAGUUGAGAACAGAUCUCUCUGUGAUUUCAGCUCAUUUUUCUUAAAUCUUUGUGAUAAAACAACACACUCGUUAAGAGUUUAUUGUUUUGUUUCGUAUUUUUUUUUUAGUGCUGAUGUCUUAAUGCAGAUUCAAGAUUUUAGGAUGCUUAUAUUUAUUUUCCUAAAUCAUUAUAUAUUGAAAUUAAUUUGGCCUUAAAAGCAUACAUAUUUAAUAAUAUUAGUAAUUUAUGACUUAUUUCAAUUAUAACUCUUCUCUUACCAGAGAGUUACUACUUCAUUAAUGAUAUGACCCACUGAUUUCAAAGUUCUUUACAAUGUAAUUAUACAGUAUGUAUGCAUAUUUAUAUUGUAAAUAAGUAACACACUGUGUUUGGGUGAACACACUAGCAUCUUUAGUGCUCUUCAUUUGCUGUUGGAAAUGCAUUUUCAGCACUCUCAGUCAUGUUCUUUGGAAAGUUUGAGUGUUUAAGAAACCAACCAUCCAUCCAUCCAUCCAUCCAUCCAUCCAUCUCACCCUUUUACCCAGACAGCUGUUUGACAGGAGCCUUGAUGAACGAGAUUAUAUGAAUGACAUCAUAUGCCAUAAACACUGAACUCACUGAACCCUUUCAAUAAACAUGUGAUAUGUCUUAA